AUGGAAAAUAGAAACAUAUCGGCAGUGACUGAAUUUAUCUUCACUGGGUUCCCUCAGCUCCGAGACGGUGGCCUCUUCUACUUUUUCCCUUUACUUUUCAUCUACAUCUUCAUAGUGAUUGGAAACCUGAUGAUUGUCUUUGCUGUAAGGCUGAACACCCAUCUUCACACACCCAUGUAUCAUUUAAUCAGUGUCUUCUCAUUUCUUGAGAUGUGGUAUACCACAGCCACCAUUCCUAAGAUGCUCUCCAAUCUGGUCAGUGAACGAAAGGCCAUUUCUUUCAUUGGCUGCCUCUUGCAGAUGUAUUUCUUCCAUUCCCUUGGGAACACUGAAGGGACCUUACUGACUGUCAUGGCUAUUGAUAGAUAUGUUGCCAUCUGCAACCCACUCCGUUACCCAACCAUAAUGACCCCCCGACUGUGUGCCCAGCUCUGUGUAGGCUCCUGUAUCUUUGGCUUCCUCAUCCUUCUACCUGAGAUUGUUUGGAUUUCUACACUACCUUUCUGUGGUUCCAACCAAAUCCAUCAGAUCUUCUGUGAUUUUAUCCCUCUACUGAAUUUAGCCUGUACAGACGCUUCUGUGAUCCUGGUGCAGGACGUAAUUCAUGCGCUUGCCAUUCUAAUAACAAGUCUAAUCAUUUCUGUUUCUUACAUUAGAAUUAUCAUUGUGAUUCUGGGCAUCUCUUCAGUGGAGGGCCGUAGAAAGGCUUUCUCCACUUGUGCCGCUCACAUUGCCGUCUUUCUGUUGUUUUUUGGUAGUGUGGCCCUCAUGUAUCUUCGAUUCUCCAUUACUUAUCCACCAUUCUGGGACACCACCAUUGCUCUGACAUUCUCUGUGUUUGCCCCAUUUUUCAAUCCUAUUAUUUAUAGCCUGAGAAAUAAGGAUAUGAAAGAUGCAAUUAACAAACUCUUUUGCUCUCAAAAGGUAUUUAAUGUCUGUGAUAAUUUAGGUUAA